ACAGACUUCCCCUUCGGCAUAUCAUUUUGUUUUGAGUUUCGGACCUUUUUGAGAGAGAGAGAGAGAGGAGGAGGAGCGGGAAAACCAAAAGAAGAGCAAAAGAGAAUGAGGGAGAGAGGGAAAGCAGGGCAGCCAUCGGUGGACGAGAGAUACACACAAUGGAAGUCCCUGGUUCCCGUCCUCUACGACUGGCUUGCCAACCACAACCUUGUCUGGCCUUCUCUCUCUUGCCGGUGGGGUCCCCAGCUAGAGCAAGCGACAUACAAGAAUCGUCAGCGUCUUUAUCUUUCGGAACAGACUGAUGGUAGUGUUCCAAACACACUUGUACUGGCUAAUUGUGAAGUAGUGAAACCAAGGGUUGCUGCAGCAGAGCACAUAUCACAGUUUAAUGAAGAAGCCCGCUCUCCCUUUGUGAAGAAGUUCAAAACUAUUAUUCAUCCUGGAGAAGUGAACAGAAUUAGGGAAUUGCAGCAAAACAGUAAGAUAGUGGCAACCCAUACUGAUAGUCCUGAUGUUCUCAUUUGGGACGUUGAGGCUCAACCUAAUCGUCAUGCUGUCCUGGGAGCUGCAGAGUCUCGACCAGAUCUGAUAUUGACUGGACACCAAGAUAAUGCUGAAUUUGCGCUGGCAAUGUGUCCAACUGAACCUUUUGUUCUUUCUGGAGGAAAAGACCAGUCAGUGGUCCUAUGGAGUAUUGAAGAUCAUAUCUGUGCUUCAGCCACAGAACCAGGGUCUGCAAAAUCUCCAGGGUCUGGAAGCUCUAGUAUUAAGCAUAUCUCAAAGGGUGGUGAUAAAGCUGCAGACAGUCCAACUGUUGGACCACGAGGCAUCUAUCUAGGGCAUGAGGAUACUGUUGAAGAUGUGCAAUUCUGUCCUUCGAGUGCGCAGGAGUUCUGCAGUGUGGGUGAUGAUUCUUGCCUUAUACUAUGGGAUGCACGAACUGGCACUAGUCCAGCCAUCAAGGUUGAGAAAGCUCAUAAUGCUGAUCUUCACUGCAUUGAUUGGAAUCCACAUGAUGAAAACCUUAUUUUGACUGGGUCAGCUGAUACUUCUGUUCGUAUGUUUGACCGCCGAAACCUCAUUUCUGGUGGUGUUGGGUCACCCAUCUAUAAGUUUGAAGGUCACAAAGCUGCUGUUCUUUGUGUGCAGUGGUCUCCGGACAAGUCAUCUGUUUUUGGCAGUUCUGCAGAGGAUGGUUUCUUAAAUGUUUGGGAUCAUGAGAAGGUUGGUAAAAAGAAGGAACGUGUUGGAACAAGAAUGCCAAAUUCUCCUCCGGGCUUGUUCUUCCAACAUGCUGGGCACAGGGAUAAAGUUGUUGACUUUCAUUGGAAUGCUUGUGAUCCAUGGACUAUUGUUAGUGUGUCCGAUGAUUGUGAGAGUACUGGUGGGGGUGGAACAUUGCAGAUAUGGCGCAUGAGCGACUUGAUUUAUAGACCAGAAGAGGAGGUUCUCACUGAGCUGGAGAAGUUCAAAUCACACAUACUGACAUGUUCUUCAAAAGCCUGAGCUUGCAAAUGAGUUUACAUUCAACAAGAUGGUGAAUGUAUUGGAGCCAUUACUUGUAUGAAACGUUCACUGUAGUCACGUGAGGCAAUCUAAGAUAUCCGGCCAUGGAUAUAUAUGACUAAUCUCAUUUAGGACCAUAGAAUUGAAUGUUCUUGGUGCAACUGAACUUUAUUUGGUAGAGGAGAUAUUUUUGCUAGUACAUCUCUCUUAGUUGACAGGCAAAACUUAACUUCUUCACUGUCUUAAACUAAAUGAAAUUCAUACAAACUUGGAGU